CGGCCGGAAGCUGGGGAAGAAGCCCAGGAAGUGACGCCCUCAGCUCGGUUGCUGAGGUCUUCUGCUCCGGCGGCUGAAGUUGGAGACCUGCCGUCGGGGCUGCGGGUUUCUCUUCCCUAGGCGAUGGAGAACGGAGCGGUGUACAGCCCCACCACGGAGGAGGACCCUGGCCCGACUAGAGGCGCCCGGAGCGGACUCGCCUCGCACUUCUCUCUGGGCCGGCUGCCGCUGCAUCGGCGCGUCCUCAAGGGCUUGCAGCUGCUGCUGUCUCUGCUGGCCUUUAUCUGUGAAGAAGUUGUAUCACAGUGUACUUUGUGCGGAGGACUGUACUUUUUUGAAUUUGUAAGCUGCAGUGCCUUUCUUCUGAGUCUCCUUUUCCUAAUUGUGUAUUGUACUUCCGUGUACGACAGAGUUGAUGCCAUAAAAGUAAAAUCAUCGGAUUUUUACAUUAUGCUGGGAACAGGAUGUGUGUUUUUGUUGGCAUCUAUCAUUUUUGUCUCCACCCAUGACAGAACCUCUGUUGAAAUUACUGCAAUUGUUUUUGGCUUUAUAGCAAGUUUUAUGUUCCUCUUUGACUUUGGUGCUAUGCUCUAUGAAAAGAGACAGGAGUCCCAGCUGAGAAAGCCCGAGGCCCCUCCAGCGGAAGCCCUCACCGAACCACUAAAUGCAUAGACUCUGGGAGCAAGUGUCACAGAAGAGAGCGACUGUUCUUCAUGAUGCCUGAGCUCUGUCAGGAGGUCUUGUAGAAUGUGUGCAAUUGUGUAAACCACUUCUUUUGGAGAGCUGGGGGAAGGGCAGGAAGCAUUUUAUCAAUGUUGAGCUGUGUGUCAGUCACUACAAAUUAAGCCAGAGGGUAUUUUUUUAAAAUUGUUUUUAAAAAUAACUAUUGAAACUUGUCUCAAAUGCAGGUUUUUAAGGUGGAGAGGAAGACAGUUCUUUCUUUAAAUCACAUAGCUCAAAUGAUUAUAAAUCUAUUACUGGGCAUUCUCUUUCUAGGCAUAGCUUCUAAAUUAUGCUUUAUA